AUGUCUAAAACAUUGGACGGCUUCCCAGAAUUACUUUCAGUGAGAAAUGCUCUCUUCCUUGGCAAUCACACUGUGUGUUUGAGCAAAAUUGCCCAAACAUCGAUCAAUGAAAAUAAUGUGGAUAUGAAAUUGGAAAGAGAUGUUCUUUCAUAUAGAGCACACAUCGGAUUGGGACAACAUGAUCUUGUAUUACAACAAAUCAAGGAAAGUGAUAGUCUUGCUAUUCCUCUUAAAUCAGUCCGAUUAUUGGCUGAAUAUUUCCAAGCUGCCAAAAGAGGAUCACCAAAUGAUUCUAUUAUUGAAAAAAUCGACUCUCUCCAACAAGAUCCAUCAUAUUCUACUGACAAUACUUUUGCUGUUGUUUCUGCUACUAUUUAUGCUCAUGAAGGAAAUGAUAUUGCUUGUUUAAAGACUCUUCACGAUAUUUCAUCAUUGGAAGCCUUUGCUCUUCGUGUUAGAACACUUAUUAGAAUGAAUCGUGCUGAUUUAGCAGAGCAUACAUUUAAAAAGAUGUCCGAACAAUAUGAAGAUGCUACAUUAACUCAAUUUACUGGUGCUUUUGUUUCCUUGGCUAAAGGAACAAAGGAAAGAGUUUCUGAAGCUGAACUGACAUUUAAAGAAUUAUCUGAAAAGUUUGGACAAUCUGUUGCUCUUGCCAACGGUUUAGCUUUAUGUUUAAUGUUUGAUUUUGAAUUUGAGGAUGCUGAAAAGAUCUUGAUGAAUGCUUUAGGUAUUUCAACAAAUGAUCCAGAAACUUUUGUUAAUCUUAUUGCUUGUAGUUUACAUUUGAAGAAAGACGCUUCCAGAUUUAUUUCUCAAUUGCAAUCUUCUUCACCAAAUCAUCCUUGGAUUAAGAAAUAUAACUCACUCUCUGAAACUUUUGACAAAUUGACAAACCAUUAA